AUGCUGAACGUCGGCAACACGGCUGGCGCCCGGGCGCAGCCGCGGAAGACCUUGCAACGCGUGGCGCUCUCCAUGUACACGGAGCCGCCGCAGAUGGAGGUGACGCUGGAGCAGUUCGAGGCCUACUCGAUCGACCGUCUCCAGAUGCUCAAGACCAUCGAGAUGCAGCGGCUACGCGGCCGCGACGACGCCAAGCUCGAGAAGGCCAUGCACCGCUACUUGCCGAUGCGUACGACCGAGGACCGUGCGAAGGACAAGGUUUCGCAUUUCAUUUUGCGCAUGGCGUUUUGCCACACGGAAGAGCUGCGGCGGUGGUUCCUCGCGCAGGAAUCCAUGCUCUUCAAGUUGCGCCUCGACAUGGCAUCGCGCGACGAGAAGAUGCACUUUAUGAAGCGUCAUGGCCUCCUCUACGAUCAAGUCGAGGCCGACGAAAUGGCUGCGCUCAAACCCCAGCUCACCGCCGUGCACCGUGCCAGCGUCGCCAGCAUCAAGGAAGGAUACAAUGUACCCGAAGUGUACGUCAAGGUGCCCUUCACCGAAGCCAUCGAUCUCAUUGGUUCACGCAAGGUAUUUCUCAAGGCAGGCACGGCCUACGUUCCGUUCGAGCACUUGGUCACGAUCUUGUUUGCUCGGUUUCGGUCCACACUCUCCAAGCACCUCGCCGUGGCCUUUCGCAAGUUCAACGGGUCGGCUGCGGCGCGCGACGACCGGCUCAUGCCCGUGCUCAAGAACCUCGCCAAGCACCACAUCGGGCCCGACUAUGGGUCGGCGCCCGUGGCGUCCGGGAAUGCGAUCACGCCCGAUAUGAUUGACGGCCUCGCGGCGACGUCGAUGCCACUCUGCAUGAAGUCGCUCCACCAAGCGCUCAAGACGCAGAGCCAUCUCAAGCACGGCGGGCGCAUGCAAUAUGGUCUCUUCCUCAAGGGCAUUGGCCUGCAAAUGGACGACGCGAUCACGUUCUGGCGCACCAUCUUUUGCAAGAAAAUGAACGUCGACGACUUCAACAAAAAGUACGCGUACAACAUUCGGCACAACUAUGGUAAAGAAGGCAAACGCAAGGACUACACGCCGUACAACUGCAUGAACAUCAUCACGUCCGACCCGCCAAAAGCCGGCGACUACCACGGCUGCCCGUUCCGCCACUUUGACGAAUACCACUUGCGGGCCAGUCUCCGCGGUAUCAACGAAGUCGAGAAGGAAGCGAUCGUGCAGCUCGCGAAGAGCAAAAAUUACCAAGUCGCUUGCCGCCGCCACUUUGAAGUGCUCUUCCCACAGGGCAACGCCGACGCUAGCCGCAAGGUGCAGACUGCCAUCAAGACCGAAAGCGUCAAGUCCGAAGGUGUCAAACCCGACGUCGUCAAGGCCGAGGCGUAG